AUGAACCUAACAAAAAGUGACAAUCCUGAGCUGCAACAUGAGGUCCUGGACUCAGCAGAGACUUCCAGCAGGGACCAGCAGGCAUGUUUGCCCACAGAGCCCAAGUUUGACAUGCUGUACAAGAUUGAGGACGUGCCACCAUGGUACCUGUGCAUCCUGCUGGGCUUCCAGCAUUACCUGACAUGCUUCAGUGGCACCAUCGCCGUGCCCUUCCUCCUGGCCGAGGCGCUGUGUGUUGGCCGUGACCAGCACAUGGUCAGUCAGCUCAUUGGUACUAUCUUCACCUGCGUGGGUAUCACCACUCUCAUCCAGACUACAGUGGGCAUCCGGCUGCCGCUGUUCCAGGCCAGUGCCUUUGCCUUUCUGGUUCCGGCCAAGUCUAUCCUGGCCUUGGAGAGGUGGAAGUGUCCUCCAGAAGAGGAGAUCUAUGGUAACUGGAGUAUGCCCCUGAACACCUCUCAUAUCUGGCAUCCUCGGAUUCGGGAGGUCCAGGGUGCAAUCAUGGUGUCCAGCGUGGUGGAGGUGGUGAUUGGACUGAUGGGGCUGCCUGGGGCCCUGCUCAGCUACAUUGGGCCUCUCACGGUCACCCCUACUGUCUCCCUUAUCGGCCUCUCUGUUUUCCAAGCUGCUGGUGACCGAGCUGGCUCCCAUUGGGGCAUUUCGGCUUGCUCCAUUCUACUGAUCGUCCUGUUCUCCCAGUAUCUGCGCAACCUCACCUUCCUGCUGCCUGUUUACCGAUGGGGCAAGGGUCUCACUCUCUUCCGCAUCCAGGUCUUUAAGAUGUUUCCGAUCGUGUUGGCCAUCAUGACCGUGUGGCUGCUCUGCUAUGUGCUGACUCUGACAGACGUGCUGCCUGCAGAUCCCACAGUCUACGGCUUCCAGGCUCGAACUGAUGCCCGAGGGGACAUCAUGGCUAUCUCUCCCUGGAUCCGAAUCCCCUACCCAUGUCAGUGGGGUCUACCCACAGUGACUGUGGCAGCAGUUCUGGGGAUGUUCAGCGCCACACUGGCGGGCAUCAUUGAGUCCAUUGGUGAUUACUAUGCCUGUGCUCGGUUGGCUGGAGCACCACCCCCUCCAGUACAUGCGAUCAACAGGGGGAUUUUCACUGAAGGCGUCUGCUGCAUUAUCGCUGGGCUACUGGGCACAGGCAACGGGUCCACUUCAUCCAGCCCCAACAUUGGGGUCCUAGGGAUUACCAAGGUGGGCAGCCGAAGAGUGGUGCAGUACGGUGCAGGUAUCAUGCUAAUCCUGGGUGCCAUUGGCAAAUUCACAGCUCUCUUCGCCUCGCUGCCAGACCCCAUCCUGGGAGGAAUGUUUUGCACUCUUUUUGGUAUGAUCACCGCCGUGGGACUGUCCAAUCUGCAGUUUGUGGACAUGAACUCCUCCCGUAACCUCUUUGUAUUGGGAUUCUCCAUGUUCUUUGGCCUCACACUACCCAACUACCUGGAUUCCAAUCCUGGUGCUAUCAACACAGGCAUUCCUGAAGUGGAUCAGAUCCUAACUGUGCUGCUGACCACAGAGAUGUUUGUUGGUGGGUGCCUUGCUUUCAUACUGGACAACACAGUGCCAGGGAGCCCAGAGGAAAGGGGCCUGAUACAAUGGAAAGCUGGAGCCCAUGCCAGCAGUGAGACAUCAGCCAGUCUCAAGAGCUACGAUUUCCCCUUUGGGAUGGGCAUGGUAAAAAGGACCACCUUUUUCAGAUACGUCCCCAUCUGCCCAGUCUUCAGAGGAUUUUCUAAAAGGACAGAAAGUCAGCCUCCAGUUCUAGAAGACACUCCAGACAAUAUAGAACCAGGGUCUGUGUGUACCAAGGUCUGAAACUACCUCCAUGAAAGGAGGCAGUGUGCGUAACAGGAAAAGAAA